AAAAGAGAAGGAGCGUCUUUCCGAAGGCAAACAAAAACGUGUUGUCUUGAGGUUGAGUUGCUGUUCAAGAAGAAGAGGAGAUAUUCCACUUCUAGCAACUGGAGUUCUUGUGAUCAGAGGAGUCGAGGACAUCGCCAUCCUUCAUCUCGCUCUACCUGUGAUGAGGCUUGCAGCUGUAAAGCUAGAAUAUAAAUGACGCAAACAGAGAAGAUGAAGCGUUGGCGCAGCAUCUGAGCUCUGUUGAAGCUGACCAAACCAGGUACGAGUUUAGCGUGCCUCUCUUCCCAAUAAAGCGGAAAAGAAUAGUACUAGUCUUUUGUUGGUGUGGCUUGGAAGAAAACUUCUGAAAAAAGAAGAUGUCGUCCGGAGUGGCUGCACCCGCAACCGCUAGUGCGGUUGCUAGUAAAACUGCGCCGCCGGGACAACCACAUCUCCAUCCGCAGACGUCCGCAGACGGCGCUUCCCGCAAGACCGCAACAGGGACGCAAAAAUGCUCCUCAUCUUCCAACGAUGGAAGGAGUGCAGCGUUUCCUGGGGCGUCCACCAAUAACGCAAUCGAACCGUUUUUGAUCAUUCGCAAUGCCGCGGGAUUGGAAACAAAGCUCACCGGAAUCGACCCUGCGAAGGUAAGGGUGAUCGCAGAUUUGACCAAAAAGCAGGUCUACGACCGUUUCAUCAAGGUCUUCUACGACGCCGAGAGGGAGCUCGUGCCGCCGCCAAGCAAGAUUCGGUGGAUGCGGCGGUUGCCGAAGAACUUCUUGGACGCCACUGCAGGCACAGCCAAAAUAACUACUACAACCUCCGGUGCGGGGAAGAAGGACGUGGCUAGCUCCACUACAGAAACGAACGAAGACGUGGUGCCGGCCAACGGGGCACCUCGUUUCGGGGAAGAUUUACGCGGAACCUUUCCUUCUAGCUCGAAUCUUUCCAAGAACAACACCGGGACCACAAAGUCAAAGGACGACGGCAGUUUUAAUAUAGCCGCAGAAGGGCCAGUUACUUCUCUGCCCGCGCCAACUCCGGCAAGAACCCAACCUAACAAAAGGGCGAGCUGCGAUUUGUCGGGAGGGAGGUCAAGCAGACGGCGUUCCGAGGACUCGUUGUUCUUCGAGGAAGCACGGACCAAGAACACGGACGACGAACCGGAGUUCGAUGGCAGUACUCAUUCUCGUCCUGCUUCGGAAGCAGAUAGUGAAGACGAGACACCGGAAACGCUGGUCGAGUCAGCGAAGGAAGAGCUGGUUUACGGCGGCGCGGUGGUGUACCGGUUUGUUGUGCAAGGCCCCGGCCAGGUCGAGGUAGACGACGAGAGCGGGCUGCCCGUCUGGAACACAAAAGCCGACGCGGAGGCGUGGCUGUACGAUCAAGCCUACCUGAAAGACCGCAAGGAGGAUGCUUCUGACGGACGACCGAAGCGACCCGCCCGGAGUGACAACGUGAAGGAUCUGUUGCCGCUCUCCCGCCGCGAACGUGCCUCGGAUCCGGACAAUCUACGGCUCCAUUUGCACGUUGUUUGUGCAGUUUUGUCCAUGUCUGACACCGAGUGGAAACUGCACGGCUGGCGCGACAAGGAGAAACGCAAAGACGCAUCACAAUCCGCGGGCGCCCUCGCGACAACGACAACUACGUUCCGGCAUGACUAUGCCGGCCGUGCGCUCGCGGCCCUCAUGUUUACCGGAAUGUCGGGCGGAAACAAUGUUCAUGCGCUGAGCGAUUUGUUGGCCAACAUCGUGGAUAGCUUCGCUCCAGAGCAAAGUGGAGGAGGGCGUGGCGAAAAAUUCUAUCCGAAGCAGCUCGCGUAUUUGCAGAGGCAGGCGCAUCUGAAAACACGAACCAAGUCCGAGCGCAUCGCUCUUCUGGUUUCCGUAAGCAGUCGUGUUUUCACUGAGGACCUGGACAUCGACGGCGGUCCCCAAUUUUUCCCCGAUUUUUCCGAACCGGUCAUGGAGCAACGAAAAAACGCGCGCGACUUGGAGAUGCUGCUCCUGGCGCUCGAAAACUGCAGGCACAAGGGCGUCUGGCGCAAGCUUCGGAAGGCGAUGCGACGGAAUCUCCGAAGAGAUUUGUUCGCAGUGGUUUCUCAGCUGCAACUCGAUAUUGCGGUACUUCUCAUAUCUGACAUGAAAGAUGAUGAUCGCCAUCGGUUUACUUAGCUUUCGGCUUCUCUGACAUUUUCACGAAUAGCUUCAUGCUCUUUAUCUUUUUCGUUUGUUUAUACUUUCUUAGACUUGGUUUCGGACAUCCUUUUUCUACAAGUUUUGCUAUCGUGAUGUGCAUGGUGUGCGUUGAACAGGGACCACAGUGAAAAUAAACCCAAAACGGCAGGGCGAAGCUGCCGGACAGGACGCUUUUGAGACAUUCCGUGGGGAAUGCGACCCGCCGCGGGAAAAUGCAAAGGAGUGGGUGGACCUCAUAGCGACGUCUAUGCAGAAAGCGGGUUUUUCCCAUUAUGCCUCGAGCUUGCAGGACGUUCUGGACGAAUUCGGAAAAGCCACGGACGAACUGAUAGAGAAGGCCCACGAAUUGCUCUGGAGUGUCGAGGAGGAUGACGCAAACGUCUUCGACUCGGAAAGUGAGGUAUCUACCAGUUCCGUGGACGAUUCUUCCGACGAACAGGGGAGUGACGAGGACGACGGCGAUGAGGCCGAAUGA